GGCCCGUGUGCAUGAGGUAAACACGGUUACUCUGAUCGGCAAUCGGAAUGGAAUGACGAGCGUGAGAAGUGAUCAGCCGAGUCCAGUUCCGAUUGUCACGCAGCAGCAUGUACGGUUUUGUGAAUUACGCCCUCGAGCUCCUGGUCGUGAAGACCUUCGGCGGCGAGACGUGGGAGGCGAUAAAAAAAGAUGCGGCGGUUAAUAUGGAAGGACAAUUUCUGGUGAGGCAAAUCUAUGACGAUGAAAUCACGUACAAUCUAAUAUCUGCCGCUGUUAAUAGGCUUAAUAUUCCCGCUAAUGAAAUACUCGAAUUAUUUGGUCGGAUGUUCUUCGAGUUUUGCCAAGACUCCGGUUACGAUAAGAUCCUACAAGUUCUUGGAGCAACACCUAGGGAUUUCCUGCAGAAUUUGGAUGCGCUUCACGAUCAUUUGGGUACUUUAUAUCCAGGCAUGAGGGCGCCGUCUUUCAGAUGCACGGAGAGACCGGAGGAUGGCGCGCUCGUUUUGCAUUAUUAUUCAGAUCGGCCCGGUCUGGAGCAUAUCGUUAUCGGAAUCGUAAAGACCGUCGCGAAGAAACUACAUGGUACGGACGUCGACAUGCAAAUAGUGAAGACCAAAAGUGAAUGCGAUCAUGUGCAAUUUCUCAUAACUGACACAUCGGGACCGGGAGUCGUAUCGAACCCUAUGAUCGCUGAGCUGGAAACAUUGUCUGUCGAACCGAAGGUCAGCCCAACGACAUUUUGCCGGGUAUUUCCGUUUCAUCUAAUGUUCAAUCGUGACCUCACGAUAGUUCAGACCGGAUGUACUAUCACGCGUGUCAUACCGUGUGUCUCCAGUGGUCACUGCAAACUAAGCGAUAUUCUUUCAACCGUUAGGCCACAUUUGGAAUUAACGUUCGAAAACAUACUGUCGCAUAUAAACACGGUUUACGUGUUACGAACGAAAAAGGACGUCAUGCGGGUCAAUGCUGCGGAGGAAUAUUCGGACUUGCGUUUAAAGGGUCAAAUGUUGUACAUACCUGAGACCGAUUUGGUUAUCUUCCUCUGUUAUCCGAGUGUCAUGAAUCUGGACGACCUGACUAGGAGGGGUCUGUAUCUGAGCGACGUCCCUUUGCACGACGCCACCCGGGAUUUGGUCCUGAUGUCGGAACAAUUCGAGGCAGAUUAUAAACUGACGCGGAACUUGGAACUGCUCACCGACAAGCUGCAGCAGACGUAUCGCGAGCUCGACGGUGAGAAGCAGAAAACUGACAGGUUACUUUAUUCGGUGCUUCCCAUCUCGGUGGCGAAUGAGCUGAGGCACUCGAGACCGGUGCCGGCGAAAAAGUACGACUGCGUUACUCUCCUGUUUUCUGGCAUAGUGGGCUUCGGCGCAUAUUGCGCCGCUAACACGGACUCCAGCGGCGCCAUGAAGAUUGUCAACAUGCUCAACGAGCUGUACACGGCGUUCGACGUGUUAACCGACCCGAAAAAGAACCCGAACGUUUAUAAGGUGGAAACCAUCGGCGAUAAAUAUAUGGCGGUGAGCGGAUUGCCGGAACCCUGUCGUUGUCAUGCACGAUGCAUCGCUCGUCUGGCGUUGGACAUGAUGGAUCUUGCGGCUGACGAAGUGCAGAUCGAUGGGGAGCCUGUGAAAAUUACGAUCGGCAUACACAGCGGCGAGGUUGUUACCGGCGUAAUCGGUCAUCGUAUGCCACGCUAUUGUUUGUUUGGAAAUACUGUGAAUCUCACCAGCCGAACAGAAACCACCGGCCAGCCGGGGAAGAUCAACGUUUCGGAAGACGCUUACAGAUAUCUCUGUAUGCCGGAGAAUCAGGAUCCGCAGUUUUUAUUGGAGUACAGGGGACCCGUCUCAAUGAAGGGGAAAUCAGAACCAAUGAACGUGUGGUUCCUGUCCAGAGAAAGAGAACUGACGUCGUAAAACGUUGCAAGAGUGCACGUUAUAGCAAUAAUACCGAGAAUCAGUUAGCAAAUUCCAAAUUACUAUACUAAGAAUCAAUAAAAUUCGUGCAAUCACUCGAGGAGAUUAUCGGUAAUGCGGACAGAAUACGAGCAAUCAAGUGUAUUCCAUGUUAAGCACACACACAUACACACACACACACACAUACAUACACACACACGACUAUAUAUCAUACGUUUAAUUAUAUGCAGGAAAGUUUAUAAAGAGUUUAUUGCAUUGGGUCAUCGCUGAUGACCGACGAUCGUUCUUAGACAAAUUACGAGAUCAAAUGCCGACUCGUCUUCGACCGGCAGAUUAUUUAGCAAUUGUGAGUGUACAAGGCAAUCAAAUAUAAUCGUUAUUUAUUUCGUGACAUCA